AAAGACCAGAGGAACUGUGAGAGCUAGUGUUUUCAUCAGCAUCUGUGCACACGGUGUUGGCAACUAAUUUAAAGUUGCAACUAGGACAAAAAAAAAGAGAGUAGAAUAUAGUGGCUGACAACAGAGAUAAAGGAGAGGAAAACCAGAAGGAGCAGCUGGAAACCACCAGAAAACCAAAAUCAGAACAGAAAAAAAAAAGCAGGAAAAACGACUGAAAGAAGAAAGAGCGCGGUUGAACCGAGCAGGAGAAACCAAGUGGCCUGCAGUCAUCCCGACGAGAGGCGAACCUGGAGGAGGAACAGCUAGAGGUCCAACGGGCCGCACAUCACAACUUCACGAUGAGUGUGAGCAGCACUCUGGAGAAGGGGGCCCACCACCAGGCCCUGGACCUCUCUGAGGAGCUGCCGCCUCACCUCCAUCACCACUCCAACCACCAGCAGCAUCUCCACCAUUCCAACUCCCUGGCGUCCACCACCGCUGUGGGCGGAGGUAGAGAAACCCCGUCGCGUGUGGUCAUACCUCCUCCGUAUUCCGCAGCCGAGAGCGGCGUUGGGGGCGGCGAGGCCCCUCUGGAGCUGCGUGGGUCGCUGGACUGCUGGGCCUGCUCGGUGUUGGUGACGGCCCAGAACCUGGUGAUUGCUGCCAUCAACGCUUGCCUCGCCGCCGUUGUGUUCGGCACCAUCCUGACCCCGGCCAUCGUCAUGGUUGUGUUCGGCUUCCUGUGUCACUCUACGGUUCGCCCCCACGGCACGACCCCCUACUGCUCCGACCUGCUGACUGACGGAGGCUGCGUGGCUCUGCUGGUGGUGGGCUUCCUCCUGGUCACCCCUCUGCUGGUCCUGGCGUUGGCCGCGUACUGCCGUCUGGCCCGACACCUCCAGCUGGGCCUGUGCUUCAUCCCGUACAGCCGGGCCGUGUACAAGAACCUGCCGGCCACCCAGCACCGCGGCCUGGGCACCGGCUGCUGCGGCGGCAGAGACGGAGGCGAGAGCGGCCGGAAGGGAAAGGUCUGGGUGUGAGAGAGGAGAGAGAUGGAGGCUGAGACGGAAAACGGGGGUGUGAGGAAGACUAUUUGAUGACACGAAAAGGGAAGCAGGAUGAAGGUUGGGUAAAAUGAUUCAGAAACAGGAGGAAAAAAUAAAACAAAAGCAGCAGAAUGUGUGUAAUGUCUCAUAUCAAAUCAGAACAAUACCUGGUGUGGGAGGUUACAGGUGUGUGUGUGUGUGUGUGUGUGUGUGUGAAGGACAGAUUCCAGUUGUACUGACAUCAUCCCGAUUACAUUUCCUUUAACUGGAACUCCCCUCUCUGUUAUAACCUUCAAUUAUUAAAAGUACAGAUUACGCUCCACUUAAUGGAUUUUAAUGAAUGCUGCCGGUUUGCAGCUGAUUAAACUAAAGGAUCAAAAUGAAACCACAGAUUGAAAACAAAAAACUGCCGCAAAAAAUGUGGCAAGUUUUAUGCAAAUGCAGCAUAUUUACCGGACAUGGAGCCGUCUGUGACUUUCCUGAAUAAAUCACAGGAAAGAGGAAAUCUGAAAAUAGCGCUGCGUGACGACACAGAACAGAUUUGUCUCUUAUCACAUUUACAUCAUCAUGGAAAACUUGUACUUGUGAGCUCGUAGUUUAUUGUUUAGCUUUGUGAACUUUGCCUGCAUCAUUUCCUUUUUUUUUUUUAUAAAUAAAGUUCUUGGAUUUUUCAAGAGUUGUUUCUUUUUUUAAAAAAAAAACCAGUGAGAGAAACUGACUUGAUGAAAUGCUUGUUCUAAUUUAACACGUUGGCUUUACUGGCAUAUUUACCUGAAUAUUCAGACAAUUCCUUGACCUGUGACCAGCUAAGCAGAGCUUUAUAAACCCACUCUGACUCAGAAUUACUGCUAUAUUCAUCACUAUGCAGCAUUUACAUCUAUACAUUCACCUUAAAUGGAAAAUAACAUGCAAAAUAAAAAUAAAAAUACAAUCCAGAGGUGGUCUGACAUUUUGAGGCAUACAGAAAUCUUAUUUUUCAAAUCUCGACGUUUUGGAUACAAGUUCAACAAAAUGAGCUUAACUACAAAAAUCUUGGUCAAACUUUGAACUGCUAAAUGAUAUAUUUCUCAAUAAAACCACUUGAAACAUAUUGAGUGUUCCUUGUUGAACGUCAAUAUAUACCAGGGAAAUAUUUGAUAAAAGCAUAGAUAUUGCACACUACAACAAAUUAGUGCGCAAUACAAAAUGCAGCUUUUUGUCUCCCUCUAGUGGUGAUAGACCAGAAUUAUCAGACGGCAAGAAAUAUGAGUGAAUUUUUGUUUUUAAAAAGUCUCCACAAAACCUCCUAUGAACAAAAUGAACAUUUGAAAGUAUAUGCAUAUGCAUGUUCUAUGAAUAUAACUCUGAAAAUCCAAGAGCGGUAUUAAACAUUGACAGUUUCGUUUUAGUUAGAUUCACCAUUUAACAUGAGAAAUUGUAUUUAAUUUUUCUUAAUUUUAACAUAUUUGUUAAAACUGUGGCUAAGUCAUCGCAGUAUCAGGAGGUAAAUAAUCU